UUGGAUAUAUAUGUCCUUAUAUAGUUCCCUUCUCUUAAUUCACCAUUUCUCCAAAAUAUGAAUAAAUCUCCAUUUUAAUUAGGACUCAUACUUUUCAUACUUUGAAAUCAUCUAAUGCUUUUAUAUCAUUCCAUAUCAGUUCUUCUUCUUUAUUGGUUUUACAUGUUUUCUUGAACUUUUUUAUAAAUUUUCAUAUUUUACAUUCUAAAGAAGAAGAAAAAUGGCAUAUACUAUAAUAACUAUUGACUCAGAAUCUGAUGAAGAUGCACCAAAAAAGAGCAUGGAUGAGAAAAAAAGAAAGCGAAUGAUCUCGAAUCGCGAAUCUGCAAGAAGAUCAAGAAUGAAGAGACAGAAGCAAAUGGAGGACUUGAUCACUGAGAAAGCUGAGUUAGAGAGAAAAUUAUAUGAAGAUGAUCUAAAAUAUAAUGCUCUCUUGAAAAUGCAUGUUGUUCUUGAGUUGGAGAACAAAGUUUUGAAGGCUAAAGAAAAUAAGCUGACGCGAUAUUUGAUUUUCUUGCACCAGAUGCUUCAAGAACAUAGAGAAAUUACGGACAGCAGCCUGAAUAACGAUCUUGAAAUUAUUACAGAGCCGAAGUUUUUUGAGUUUAUGGCAAGCUCAUGCUAAUUAACAUUUAAU